GCAACAACAUAUCAACUCAGUCCAAAUCGAGCCUCCAAGUUGUGCGCGUUGAUCCGAUCGUCAAUUUCACGUAAAAUUCCAUGCCGCACUUGAACUUGAUCGCAGCGUGCGCCCUCCUCUGGGCCGCUGGAUCAGCCAGCUUGACCGCUUUUUCGGUUUUCCAGCCGGUGCGUCGCUGCCAUGUGCGUUACGUCAGUACCCGAGCGGGUCGGUUUGCGUUUGCAACGCGACCUACUGCGAUACGUUGGAGUUUGAGGCACCAAAGGUGGCCGGGGAGUUUGUGCUGGUGUCGAGUGGUCGGGAUGGCGCGAGGUUUAGGGAGGCGAGAGGGCGCUUUGUGAACGCGAGUAGGGUGGAGUUUUUGCCGGUGGUGAUGAGGACGAACGGGCGAAGGGUUGUGAGGGCGACCCGGGAGGUUACGGUUACGGUGAACCGGGGGAGGAAGUUUCAGCGCGUUGUUGGGUUUGGGGGUGCGUUUACGGGGGCGGUGGCGUACAAUUUGGGGCUGUUGAAGCCGGAGUUGAGGAAGAGCUUGUACCGGUCGUAUUACUCGAAGAAGGUGGGGAUCGGGUAUAGCUUGAUGAGGAUCCCGAUUGGGGGUUGUGACUUUGACUUGAAGCCGUGGGCUUACAAUGAGGUGCCGGUGGAUGAUGCGGGGUUGAGCAACUUUACCAAGCUGGAUGAUCGGGACGUGGUGAAGAUCGCGCAGAUCAAGGAGUUGAUGGAGGUGGCGGAGAAUCGGGAUGUUAAGAUCAUGGGAGCGGCGUGGAGUCCGCCACGGUGGAUGAAAUCGAAUAACGACUGGAGUGGAUCGAGCCGGUUGAAGACGGAGUACUUCCAGACGUGGGCAGAUUACCACAUUCGGUAUUUGCAGCUGAUGAAGGACGCCGGGUUGGACUAUUGGGCGAUCUCAACGGGGAAUGAACCGAUGAAUGCGGUGAUUGGAUUUCUGUUUAUACGGUUUAUGAGCCUUGGUUGGACCGCUAUUGAACAAGGCAAGUGGGUUGGGGAGAAUCUCGGACCAGCAUUGAGGAAUUCCGCAUUUAAAGACGUGAAACUGUUUGCUGGCGAUGAUCAACGGUACACGUUUCCAUGGUGGUUUUCGCAAAUGGAUCAGGGUCAUCUAAAUGCUACCCAGUAUCUGGACGGACUUGCCGUUCAUUGGUACUGGGAUGGCGUAACGCCAGCUGCUCUUCUCGAUCAGGCAGCUAAGCAAUACCCGGAUAAGCUGCUCUUCAACACGGAAGCUUCGUUAGGGGAUAAACCCUUCCAAACCCAUGGUCCGAUCCUUGGCUCAUGGGAUCGCGCCGAAUCCUACAUAACCUACAUCCUGCAAGAUCUUCAGCACAGCGUCAACGGAUGGAUCGACUGGAACCUGCUGCUGAACGAGAUUGGAGGUCCCAACUAUGCCAAUAACUACGUCGAAACAGCCGUGGUCGUAAAUGCGACCUCCGGCGAAGAGGUGUACAAACAGCCCAUCUUCUACGGUUUGGGUCACUUUUCCCGGUUUAUUACGGAGGGAUCGACGCGGAUCGAAACCAGCAGCAGCGACUCGGGCGUGAUCGUGGUAGGCUUUGAGCGUAGCGACAAGCUGACGACCCUGGUAUUUUACAACAAGAAAUCCACACCCUGCGAGUUGACCAUCAGGGAUCCGGACCGCGGCACGACCCAGCUGCGGCUCGAACCCAAAUCCGUGCAUUCCAUUCUCUACGCCUAAUUGAACCCGUGACAAAUCGGUCGUGUAAAGGAGAAGCCAAAAAAGAAAAACAAUAAACCAAAGCUCGCACAUCCUCAAAAACACGGAA